AUGAAGGUGACUUUUCAGAUCACCCCUCCGUGUAGCAGUGAGAGGCAUUAUGAGCAUUUUGGACGAUGCUGUCACAAAUGUGAACCAGGAAAGUAUAUGUCUUCCAAAUGCACUACUACCUCUGAAAGUGUAUGUCUGCCUUGUGGCCCAGAUGAAUACUUGGACACCUGGAAUGAAGAAGAUAAAUGCUUGCUGCAUAAAGUUUGCGAUACAGGCAAGGCCCUGGUGGCCGUGGAGCCCGGCAACCGGACGGCCCCGCGGCGCUGCGCCUGCACGGCCGGCUACCACUGGAGCGACGACUGUGACUGCUGCCGCCGCAACGCCGAGUGCGCGCCCGGCUUCGGCGCCCAGCACCCGGUGCAGCUCAACAAGGACACGGUGUGUCAGCCCUGCCUCGUAGGCUACUUCUCCGAUGCCUUCUCUUCCGUAGAAAAAUGCAAACCCUGGACCAACUGUACCAUUCUUGGAAAGACGGAAGCACAUCACGGGACUGAUAAAUCAGAUGUGGUUUGUAGUUCUUCUCUGCCAUCUAUGAAACCACCAAAUGAACCCCAGAUUUACUUGCCCAGUUUAAUUAUUCUGCUUCUCUUCAUAUCUGUGGCAUUAGUUGCUGCCGUCAUCUUUGGUGUUUACUAUAGGAAAAAAGGGAAAGCACUGACAGCUAAUUUGUGGCACUGGGUCAAUGAGGCUUGCGGCCGCCUAAGUGGAAAUAAGCAGGAGUCCUCAGGCAGCAAUUUUAGCAGCCCUCAGAUGGAAGCCUCUAGUCAGCGUGAAAUUUGUGAAGGUGUCUUACUGCUGACUCUGGAAGAGAAGAUGUUUUCUGAAGAUAUGUGCUGUCCAGACGAUGGUGGUGUCUGUGGGGGUGCGUGUGCAGGCGGUGGUCCCUGCGCACGGGGAGAAGACGCCAGGAUGCUCACCUUGGUCAGCGAGAUUGAGGUGGACCCCUUCAGGCAGAUUCCUAUGGAAGACGAAUACGUGGACAGGCCCUCCCAGACCCCAGACUCUUUACUGUUCCUCGCUCAGCCUGGAAGCAAAUCCACACCCCCUUUCACUGAGCCCCUGGAGGUGGGGGAGAAUGACAGUUUAAGCCAGUGCUUCACUGGGACAGAGAACAUGGUGGAUUCCGAAAGCUGCAACUUGGCCGAGCCCCUGUGCAGGACUGAUUGGAGUCCCAUGUCCUCCGAAAAGUACUUGCAAAAAGAAGUGGAGGGUGACAGUUGCCCUCAUUGGGCAGCCAGCUCCAACUCUGCAGAUGGCUGCACAGGCUGCGGGAACCCUCCUAGGGAGGACCGGGAACCUCACAUGGGUUCCCCGAAAAGUGGACCUUUGCCCCAGUGCGCCUGUGGCAUGGGCCUUCCACCUGAAGAAGCAGCUGAUGGGGCAGAGGCAGGAGGCCACCCCGUGGAUGGGGCUGAUGCAAGGCUUCCCAGCUCCGUGAGGGGAGGCCCUGGGUCUGGAAGCCCCUGCAGUGACCAGCCACCUGCAUCUGGCAAUGUGACUGGAAACAGUAACUCCACGUUUAUUUCCAGCGGGCAGGUGAUGAAUUUCAAGGGCGACAUCAUCGUGGUCUACGUCAGUCAGAACUCCCAGGAGGGCCCGGCAGGGCCGGGCGGCGGCGCUGGGGAGCCGGUGGGCCGCCCGGUGCAGGAGGAGAGCCCGGCGCGCUGCGACUCGUUCGCGGGUUUUAAGAGUGCUGAUAGUUGUCACUGUCCAGACUUUAAUGGCACAAAUGCCCAGCUGAAGGGAAUGACCAUUGGUCACUGGUUUCUCGCUACUGGUUGCAGAUCUACUGGAAAUGCUGAAAGGGUAGCAGUAAUUGUGAUUUUUAAUGGAGAAGCAGAGGAUGGCUCUAGAAUUUAUGGGACUCCUUAG